AAUAACUCGGCUACCAUGGAAUCCUGGCUAAACAUUCCAACUUAAGAAAGAGUUUUGCGACAGCUGUUUUCGGUAUGCUAAUCAUUUUGAAGCGUUGCUCCGGUCACUAACCCUCACUCCUUGCGCAAAACGGCAUCUUUGUGAGCUUCCCUGAAGAGCAAUAAUCUUCAACCAUGACAAAGUGAAGAAGUAUUCGCUUAGUUUGGUGUAAGUUACCGGAAUACUACUUAAAAGACGGUCGAAACACACAUUUCUCGCCUUAGAAUUUAUAGUUGUAAUCUAAUAAACGAAGAUAAGCAAAGCGACAUUACAUUUCGUCCGAAGAUUGUAAAAAUUGUUAACAACAAGACGUCUAAAUGCUCUCGGAUCUGUCACUGGACUCAUACAAUCAAGUGAAAUGCCAGUCAGCAAUGCCGAACCUGAAGCAGCCGCUGAAAUGAAGGCACAUUUUCUAGAAACAUCUAUUGGAUAUUUCAGAUGGUUGGGCUACCUGUGUGCCGUUCCCGGAAAUCGGUGAACCGAAGGCGAAACAAAACUAAAAAUGGCAAGGAUGGCUCAAAGAGACUUUUUUACUAGGGAAAUUUUCAUCCCUGAGCACGCCAUGGGUAUGGUUAUUGGCAAAAAGGGUAGGAUGUUAGAAGAAAUAAAGCACAAAACAAGAGUCAGACCCAUUAUUGAUAAAAGUAGGCAUGGUUGCAUAAUUCUUCAAGGUUCAAGAACUGAUGUUCAGAAAGCAAAACGCAUGAUUGAAGACAUAGUAGAAUCUAUCCAGCAGCCUGAGGUUAUUCCAUUGGGAGCAAAGACUAGUAGGGUCAUUGGGGAAGGAGGAAGAAGUAUAAAUUCAAUACGCAGCCAAUCUGGAGCAAGAAUACAAAUAAAAGAAGACAAAGCUUAUAUAAGGGGAACCCAAGAACAGAAGAGCAAAGCGAAGGAUCUUAUUAAUAAAUUACUAACUUCAGUUAGUAGUGGCACAUGUGUUUUUAUUCCAGAACAUCUUGCUAGACAUGUAAUUGGGAAACAUGGACAAAGGAUUAAGGACUUAAAGCAAAAAACGAAAACAGAUAUGUAUUACAAUAAGGAAAAUAUCCUUUGUAUCAACGGUGUGACCACCGCACAGGAACAUCAUGCGCGACGAAAAGUAAAAUCUAUAAUGCUACAACCUCAUGGGACAUAUAUGAAUGAAAAAUAUUGUGUUGUUGAUGGAAGUAAAGAAAGUGAGUUUGAGCUUGAGUCAGUGGCUACACCUUUCCCAGGAUGGAGCGGAGCAUUCUACAAAGUAGUUUUACCUGAUGAUGAUAUGUCUUCUAGUAAUGAAAUGAAUGAAUUACCAGAGCAUCUUAACAACCUUGUACUUAGCAGACUUGAACUUUUGCACCCUUCAAAGGAUGAGUUUGAAAUCGACAUGUGGUCCCAUUUCGGCCAUGCCUAUAUCAAGGGUAUUGAUGAAGGAGAUGACCAUGAGCAUUACAAUUUGAAACAGCUGCAGUCAAACAUACUUCAAGGCUCCCAACAUUCAGCAGAUAAGGGCACAUGGAAGGUAGAUUUCGCAGAAGGCCUCACCGAUGAACAGGUUGAGCAGCUCAUUGGAAAUUUCAAGGAUGAAACAACAUGCAAACCUGCCAACAUCCGAUAUGACUUCUCAUUCUUCACACCAUCGAAUCGUGAGAAUGGUUGCAGACGGAUACGAAUGAAGGCAUUCAUCAAAGAAGAGGGCGAUUUCUUUAAAGAGUCUCCUGUUCAGAUGAAAGGAGUCCUUAGACACGAGAGACUCAAUGACAACGUCAACAUUUACUUGUGCAAGCCUCCUACCGAUGAACUCAAAUUGACUAUUAUGAUGCCUUCACGCCAGUUUGACUGCCGACUGACUCUCAGAAAAAAUUCAAAAAUUCUGCAAAGCCAAAGAACUAGCUCUGAGCUGGAGGAGGAGAAUGUCUUGUUGGAAUAUCUGCGGGAAGCUCUGGUGCUAAGUGAGGGGCAGCUUCAGCUAUCACCAGAUGUACCCCUUCCAGAACGCUUUGAUCUAGACUAUUUCCGCCGAUGUAAACGUUUUGAGUACUCAUAUAAUAUAGGAAAAGAUACGUUUACACUGAUGUUUUCUAAAGAGGAGGCAGUGAAACUUGAAGAAUCCAAUUCAAGCGAUAUCCCAAGUCGUAAAAAGACGGAUAUACAUCUCCACUGUGAUGACUGGGAUAGGAGGCUCUUUGAGGGGGACUGGGAACCAAAACAAAUAAUCGAGAAGUUCACUAGUUAUAUGACGUUUGUCAGGCAAGUGCAGAAAAACAUCGACCCAGAAGAAGAGUAAUUAAACCACAUCACCAUUGACCCAGAAGAAGAGUUAAAUUAACCCACAUCACCGUUGACCCAGAAGAAGAGUUGAAUUAACCCACAUCACCAUUGAUCCAGAAGAAGAGUUAAAUUAACCCACAUCACCAUUGACCCAGAAGAAGAGUUAAAUUAACCCACAUCACCAUUGACCCAAAAGAAGAGUUAAAUUAACCCACAUCACCAUUGACCCAGAAGAAGAGUUAAAUUAACCCACAUCACCAUUGACCCAGAAGAAGAGUUAAAUUAACCCACAUCACCAUUGACCCAGAAGAAGAGUUAAAUUAACCCACAUCACCAUUGACCCAGAAGAAGAGUUAAAUUAACCCACACCACCAUUGACCCAGAAGAAGAGUUAAAUUAACCCACAACACCAUUGACCCAGAAGAAGAGUUAAAUUAACCCACAUCACCAUUGACCCAGACGAAGAGUUAAAUUAACCCACAUUACCAUUGACCCAGACGAAGAGUUAAAUUAACCCACAUCACCAUUGACCCAGAAGAAGAGUUAAAUUAAACCACAUCACCAUUGACCCAGAAGAAGAGUUAAAUUAACCCACACCACCAUUGACCCAGAAGAAGAGUUAAAUUAAACCACAUCACCAUUGACCCAGAAGAAGAGUUAACCAAGAAGAAAAGUUAACUUAACCAACAUCACCACGAACCCAGAAGAAGAGUUAGCCUGACGAACAUCACCAUAUGGACCCAGAAGAAGUGUUACUUAACCAACUUCACCAUUGACCCAGAAGAAGAGUUAACUUAAACAACACCACUAUGGACCCAGAAGAAGAGUUAACUUAACAUCACCGAUGACCCAGAAGAAAAGUUAACUUAACCAACAUCACUAUGGACCCAGGAGAAGAGUUAGCCUAACCAACAUCACCGAUGACCCAGAAGAAGAGUUAAAUUAACCCACAUCACCAUUGACCCAAAAGAAGAGUUAAAUUAACCCACAUCACCAUUGACCCAGAAGAAGAGUUAAAUUAACCCACAUCACCAUUGACCCAGAAGAAGAGUUAAAUUAACCCACAUCACCAUUGACCCAAAAGAAGAGUUAAAUUAACCCACAUCACCAUUGACCCAGAAGAAGAGUUAAAUUAACCCACAUCACCAUUGACCCAGAAGAAGAGUUAAAUUAACCCACAUCACCAUUGACCCAGAAGAAGAGUUAAAUUAACCCACAUCACCAUUGACCCAGAAGAAGAGUUAAAUUAACCCACACCACCAUUGACCCAGAAGAAGAGUUAAAUUAACCCACAACACCAUUGACCCAGAAGAAGAGUUAAAUUAACCCACAUCACCAUUGACCCAGACGAAGAGUUAAAUUAACCCACAUUACCAUUGACCCAGACGAAGAGUUAAAUUAACCCACAUCACCAUUGACCCAGAAGAAGAGUUAAAUUAAACCACAUCACCAUUGACCCAGAAGAAGAGUUAAAUUAACCCACACCACCAUUGACCCAGAAGAAGAGUUAAAUUAAACCACAUCACCAUUGACCCAGAAGAAGAGUUAACCAAGAAGAAAAGUUAACUUAACCAACAUCACCACGAACCCAGAAGAAGAGUUAGCCUGACGAACAUCACCAUAUGGACCCAGAAGAAGUGUUACUUAACCAACUUCACCAUUGACCCAGAAGAAGAGUUAACUUAAACAACACCACUAUGGACCCAGAAGAAGAGUUAACUUAACAUCACCGAUGACCCAGAAGAAAAGUUAACUUAACCAACAUCACUAUGGACCCAGGAGAAGAGUUAGCCUAACCAACAUCACCGAUGACCCAGAAGAAGAGUUAACUUAUCCAACACCACUAUGGACCCAGAAGAAGAGUUAACUUAACCAACAUCACUUUGGACGCAGAAGAAGAGUUAACUUAACCAACAUCACCAUUGAUCCAGAAGAAGAGUUAACUUAACCAACAUCACUAUGGACCCAGAAGAAGUGUAAACUUAACCCACAUCACCAUUGACCAAGAAGAAGAGUUAACUUAACCAACACCACUAUGGACCCAGAAGAAGAGUUAACAAACAUCACCAUUGACCCAGAAGAAGAGUUAACUUUACCAAACAUGACCAUUAACACAGAAGAAAAGUUUACUUAACCAACAUCACCAUGGACCCUGAGAAGAGUUAGCCAAACCAACAUUUACCAUUGACCCAGAAGAAGAGUUAACCAAACCAACAUAACCACUAGAAAGACUACAGACAAGCUACAGAAAAACUAGAUAGUCAACAUCACAUGGACCGAAAAGAGUUAACCCAGCCAACAUCACCAUGGUAUAGCUAGAGGAAUUGCUUGACCUUUCAGAGCCGUAGCAGGCCUCGAAAUAUUGGGGGGGGGACGGUACAGAAUCAUCAAGAAAGUUGUGGGGCGCAGCCCCCCUACUGGUCAUUUCCUUAUUAUUUUUUAACAUAUUUGGGAGGGAGGGGAGGCACGUGCAAAUGCACUACCCCCUGCUAUGGCCCUGCCUUUUGACCCGAGAUAAGUGAGAGUAAAGUUUUGACCACCAACUCUGGUCUUGUUCGGAUUAAUCAAUUUGAUAGCAGGAAGCUAAAUCCGAUCUCGUCGGGUUUACUCCAAGCAGAACUCAAACCCUGCAGUUAGUAAAAAUGUAAGUCGUAACAAGUGUAAAAAAUGUCCGGAAUGCUGUCAAUUAUCACGCGGGAAAAUAUCGCAGGUUGUCGGGGCUACGCUACUGCUUGCCACGCGGGAAAUUAUUGCUUGGAGUCUGGGCUACGCUACUGCUUGCCACGCGGGAAAAUAUCGCAGGUUGUCGGGACUACGCUACUACUUGCCACGCGGGAAAUUAAUACUAGGUGAUGGGUUUCGCUAUUUUAAUAACUUAUGCAUUUUAGUCAAUUUACCGCCAACUUAUGCCGAGAGUUAAUGAUGCGUUUUGUUUAGUUAUGAGUCAACGGGAAUUGGCCCCUCCCCAAUCGUAGGCGGGUCCAUAUUGUUUUCAAGAUACUCGUGAAUCGUAAAUCGAGCGCCUAUUCCCGUUCCGUAUUUAUCAACCACCGGUAAAAAGUUAGUUCUGACUUCGGGAGCAGGUAACUCUAGGUAUCGUCUAGGUCUAGUGAAAUUCUGGAAUAGCCAGGUUUAGUACUAAGGAAGCAAGUGCAAAAUUGGAAUGUUGUCAAUUAUUGUGGUCACGCAUGAAGAUUGUCAUGCGCACUAGCACAGCAAGUAUGUAGUGCGUUACCUCCGAAGUCAACAAUAAUCGUAUAAUCAUUAUGUAGGUCACGGCAAGUCCAAGGGUAACCCACUGGCAUGCCUGCGUUGGAAGGUCGUCCUUCCAACACCCAUUGGUUGAGAACCUUAUCCAAACGAAACUAAACGCUUUUCGGGUUGUCAGUGAAGGUCUCUUGUUUGGACUUGCCGUCAUUAGAGAGCAUACAAAAGGGGUGCGGUGCGGUAAGAUACCCCAGGAUCAUCUUUAAAAUUUACUUGUACACUGUGUAAAGUAGCGAUUGUAACAGCGAUCAAGUUACCCGGUACCGUCCCCACA